AUGUCACAAGGAGAUACAGCAGCCUUUUAACAAGUUUACCCUAUUUCUCCCUAUUUCAGUAUGCCAACCCUUAUAGUUACCCUACCUAAAGCUGCAACUUACAUGGUUUUGGUUUGUGCAUGCACUGGGGUAAGCAGCAUUAUUCUUGCAGGGACACCAAGAAGUUCUCUUCCAUUGACCCAAAUCAUUGACCAAGCUUGUCAAGAGGCAGAAGCUUACAAGGAUGCCGGAGUUGAUGGCUUGAUAGUAGAAAACAUGCAUGAUCUUCCUUACACGGUGUGUCCUGGCCCUGAAGUAACGGCGGCAAUGACAGUCAUUAGUGCUGCAGUGAGACAAACCUGCCCCUGCCUCGCGCUGGGCGUCCAGAUCCUCUGCGCCGCAAAUCAACAGGCCAUAGCAGUUGCUCUUGCUGCAGGUCUUGAUUUUAUCCGGGCUGAAGGGUUUGUGUUUUCUCAUGUUGCUGAUGAAGGGAUUAUAAAUGCCUGUGCAGGUAACCUGCUACGAUACAGAAAACAAGUUGGAGCAGAGAACAUCCAGAUUUUCGCUGAUAUUAAAAAGAAACAUAGUGCUCACGCUCUGACUGCAGAUGUCAGCGUGGCCGAGACCGCUUCGGCUGCUGAGCUCUUUCUGGCUGAUGGGGUUGUACUGACUGGCACGGCUACCGGAUUGCCCGCAGAUCCUCAGGAGCUGAAAGAGGUUAAACGUGCUGUGAAGGUUCCUGUGCUGAUUGGGUCUGGAGUGACUCUGGAUAAUGUGAGGAAUUACUUGGAUGCAAACGCUCUAAUAAUUGGUUCGUAUUUCAAGAAAGAAGGUUACUGGGCAAAUGGUGUUGAUCCUGACCGAGUAAAGAAGUUUAUGGAACACAUAAGUAAACUGAGAGAAUGAGUUUGUCGGCAAACAGUAUUUUUUUGUGUGUGUGUAUAAGUGCAGUAUGAUAUAUCGUACAGAAUUAGUGCACAAAUGUGUGCUUGAAUGGCUAAUAACAUUAAAUGAAAACACACAUCAUCUCCAUAACUAGCUGGGAAAUGUGGUGACAUCUUACAAUAAACUGGUACUCUGAUGUUUGUUUCUAGGCAGUACAUUUCUGUGGCACUCAAAGCCAUCACCAAUGCAAAACCAACUCCCUGAAGGCUUGUGUAGUAUAUUUUCUCCUCUAAGUAAAAUGCUCAUGGAGUUUAAGGAUUUGUAGUAAAUGUUCAUCACAGGUGAGCUGAGUUUUCUUUUGCUAUGAGUACAAUAGGAUGCCCUAAGUUUACAGCUGAGAGUAUUGUAAAUUGGACAAGUUAAUUAGUCUUUCAGUUUCCCCAUCUGUAAAAUGAUGAUAAUAGUACCAACAUCACACGGGGGUUGUAAGACAUAAUAAAUGAAAGAAUGUACAGCACUUUCAUCUCUUCAAAUGAAGGGCUCUAUUAAAGUUCAAGAUCAUUAUUUUUUCAUUAGAAUUGUGCAUUUAUUACAAAAAAGUAGUAAUUGUAUAUGAUACAAAAACUUAAGAUAAUUGGGACAUUUAUUUACUUACGAUACUUAUUAUAGAAUAAAUGUAAAUAUUUAAUUACA